AUGGGAAAGAAAGGGGGGAACUCAUGGCUGACGGCGGUCAAGAGGGCGUUCCGGUCACCCUCCAAGGAUUCCGACAGGAAGGCUGCCGGUCAUCAACGAGAUGAACAGCAACAGGAGGAGGAAGAGGAGGAGAAGGUUCGGUCUUCGUCUUCCUCCCGCCCACCACAGUGAUCUCCUCCUCUCCCCCAUUUAAUCCAUGCGUCGGUUUUUUCGCAGAAGAGGGAGAAGAGGAGAUGGCUCUUCCGCAAGCCCUCCUCCUCCGUCCACGAUCCGCCCCAGGUGAAGUUGGCGACGACCCGGCAGCCGACGGAAGAGCCCGCCAUUGCCGCCGCCGAGGUGGUGACACCGCCGCCGCCGCCGACGGCCCAGCCAGCGGCGGAGGUGGGCCGGCAGAGCCAGCCUCCCCCGACCUUCUUCAGGGAGCAGCGAGCGGCGGUGGCCAUCCAGACGGCCUUCCGGGGCUACCUGGUGCACAUUUCUCCCCUUCUUCACGCCCAGUUCCCCGGCUGAGAGAUCUGAUCUGAUCUGAUCUUCUUCUUCUUCUUUCUUGCAAUGACAGGCGAGGAGGGCGCUGAGGGCGCUGCGGGGCCUGGUGAAGUUGCAGGCUCUGGUUAGGGGCCACAACGUGCGGCGGCAGGCCAACAUGACCCUCCGCUGCAUGCAGGCCCUCGUACGAGUGCAGGCGCGGGUGCGCGACCAGCGCCUCCGCCUUUCUCAAGAGGGCGGGGGCGGCUCCGCCAGCUACGGCGGCGGCGGCAGCAAGUCCUCCUUCAGCUGCGACACCAACCUCUCCGAAGCCAGAUUUCCGCCAGAGAUCUUCGACUGGAGAUCCAUGGUACUACUACACUACUACACCCCACAGAUCAAGUUCUGCGACUGCCCCUUCUUCUUCUUCUUCUUCGUGGGUCUGUACUCGUUCUCCCUGUGAAUUCACCCCUCCGCCAUUGAUGCUGCUUGCUACAGUCGAGGGACGGCAGCAGCGUGGCGGACGAUGCGGAGGAGAUCCAGGCGAUGAAGAGGGAGAGGGCCCUCGCCUACGCCUUCUCCCAGCAGGUUUCCUCCUCGUCCUCCUCCUCCCCCGCCGUGACUUGCCUUCUGCCAUCGCCGCUCCUCUGAGAAUCUCCCUGGUUUUUUUUCUUCUCCUGCGUCAAGAUAUGGAGGUCGGACAGGAACCUCACGUCAUCCAUGUCCAUCGGCGACGAGCAGGACGACGGCGCCGCCGCCGCUUUGGAGGAGCGGAGGGCCUCCACCUGCGUCGACCGGUGGGCGCUGGCGAGGGGCUCGUGGGAUCAGAGCUUCGGGAACAGAGGAAGGAGGGCCUCCACAGACCAGAGAGUGCUCCCCAUCAAGACGCUGGAGGUCGACACCGGUUGGCCGGCGACCUCCCGCCGGCCGCCGGCGCCGCCGCCCCAUCUCGCUUCUCCUCUUCGGUCAUCGUCCUCGCAGCAGCAGCAGCUCCAACACUCCCCCUCCACGCCGUCGCCGGCGAGAGUUCGCCCUCUGCAGGUGCGCUCCGCGAGCCCCCGCCUGGCGGCGCCGCCGGCCUACACUCCCCGCCCCUCUUCCUACUACCAUUACUACGGCUCCGGCGGGCUGCGCCAUCACCAAACUUCCGCCGCCGUGCCCAACUACAUGGCGGCGACAGAGUCGGCCAAGGCCAGGCUCCGGUCUCAGAGCACGCCAAGGCAUCGGCCCUCCACCCCGGAGAGGGAACACGCCGCCGCAACGGUCAGGAAGCGCCUCGCCUUCCCCGUCUCCGACGGCUACUUCGCCGGCGGCGGCCGCGUGGUGGACUUCUCGCAGAGCCUGCGUAGCCCCAGCUUCAAGAGCACUAUGGAGCAGAGAUCUACCGUCUCUUCCUGCGCGGAAAGCCUUCCCGGAGAGGUCUCGCCCUCCUCCACCACCGAGCUCCGCCGCCGCCUGAGAUGA